AUGGCGCCCAAGAAGAAGGGAAACAAGAGACAGGAGGAAGACUGGGAAGCCGACCUCGGCGAGUCCGCUCCCGCCGCCGCCGCCCCGCCGAAGACGCCCCCGCCGAGGAGGAAGCCCCGCAGGGCGAACAAGAAGGCGAAGAAGGGCAAGCCGGCCAACGAUUUCGUUGAGGGCGAGGACGCCGGCGCCGAGGAAGCCAACGGAGCCGCGGACUUCGCUAGCAAGCAGCCCGAAGAGGGUACCUUUGAUGAGGACGAUGUGUUUGCUGGAAAUGCGAAGCCGAAGAAGGCGGCGGCGGCUGCGAAGCCGGCUGAGGAAGAGGAGGAGGGUGGUUUCCGUGUGAAGUCGAAGAAGGAGAAGGAGAGGGAGAAGAAGGAGAGGGAGAAGCAGAGGAAGAAGGAACAGGCUGCGAAGAAGAAGACCGAGAAGCCCGAACCCACGAAGCCCGAGCCCGCUAAGAAGCAGGAGGCUGCUGCUGCUCCGGCCGCUGCGGCUGCUCCCGCCGCUCCGGAGACUGGUGGCAAGAAGAAGAAGAUCCCCGCGCAUUUGCUGGCUCUGCAGAAGCAGCAGGAGGCUCUCCGCCAACAGCGUGAGGAGGAAGAGCGGCUAGCAGCCGAGGAGGCCGCCGCGGAGGAGGCCAAGCGUCUUCGUGACGAGGAGGAGGAGAAGAAGAAGGAGGAGGCUCGUCAGAAGAAGAAGGAGAAGGAGAAGGAGAAGAAGGAGCAGCUUCGGAGGGAGGGCAAGCUGCUCACCAAGGCCCAGAAGGAAGCCAAGGAGCGCAACGAGCGGCGCAUGCAGCAGAUGCUUGCGGCCGGUGGCGCCGUCUCGGUGGCCGGUCUGGAGAGCGGCGGUGAGAAGAAGAAGCCCGUCUACGAGAACCGCAAGAAACGCGGCCCCAAGAAGCAGGAAGACGACCUGGAGGCUGCCGCUGCUCGUGCUAAGGCCCAGCGCGAGGCUGAGGAGGAGCGCCGGAAGAAGGAGGAAGAGGAGCAGAAGGCCAAGGCUGCUGCUGAGGCUGCUGCUGCCGCCGCCGCCGGCGGCGAGGAGAGCGACGUCGACGACUGGGAGAAGGCCGCCGAUGCUGACGAUGUGAAGGACAGCUGGGAUGCGGACAGCGACGCGGAAGAGGAGAAGCCGGCUGAGAAGGCCGAGGAGAAGGAUGAGGAGGACAGCGACGAGGACUCUGACGAGUCUUCUUCCGAAGAGGACUCCGAGGACGAGGAACAGUCCGCGGCACAGAAGGCUAUUGCCCUCCGGAAGGCCGAGGCGGCCGAGCGCAGGAAGAAGCAGCACGAGGAGGCUCUGGCAGCCCGCUCGAAGGACAACCUGCGUUCUCCUAUCUGCUGUAUUCUGGGUCACGUCGAUACGGGUAAGACCAAGCUGCUGGACAAGAUCCGUCAGACCAACGUCCAGGAGGGCGAAGCCGGUGGUAUCACGCAGCAGAUCGGUGCUACCUACUUCCCCGUCGAUGCCCUGCGCCAGAAGACCCAGGUGGUGAACAAAGACAACAACUUCGAGUUCAAGAUCCCCGGUCUCCUGAUCAUCGACACACCCGGUCACGAGUCCUUCUCCAACCUGCGUUCGAGAGGUUCGUCUCUUUGUAACAUUGCCAUCCUGGUGGUCGAUAUCAUGCACGGUCUCGAGCCGCAGACUCUGGAGUCGAUGCGCCUGCUCCGUGACCGCCGCACGCCCUUCAUCGUCGCGCUGAACAAGAUCGACCGUCUGUACGGCUGGAAGAAGAUCGACAACAACGGGUUCCAGGAGAGUCUGGCCAUGCAGAGCAAGGGCGUGCAGAACGAGUUCCGCACGCGUCUGGAACGCACCAAGCUGCUGUUCGCCGAGCAGGGUUUCAACUCCGAGCUGUUCUACGAGAACAAGUCCAUGGCCCGCAACGUCUCCCUCGUGCCCACCUCUGCCCACACUGGCGAGGGUAUCCCCGACAUGCUGAAGCUGUUGACCACCCUGUCCCAGGAGCGCAUGACCAACUCGCUGAUGUACCUGUCCGAGGUCGAGUGUACGGUUCUGGAGGUCAAGGUCAUCGAGGGUCUCGGUACCACCAUUGACGUCGUCCUGUCCAACGGUAUCCUCCGCGAGGGCGACCGGAUCGUGCUGUGCGGUCUGAACGGGCCGAUCGCGACGAACAUCCGAGCGCUGCUGACGCCGGCGCCUCUCAAGGAACUGCGUCUCAAGUCGCAGUACGUGCACAACAAGGAAGUCAAGGCCGCUCUCGGUGUCAAGAUCGCCGCCAACGACCUGGAGCAGGCCAUCGCCGGUUCCCGCCUGAUGGUCGUCGGACCCGACGACGACGAGGAGGACAUCGAGGAGGAAGUCAUGUCCGAUCUGGAGAACCUGCUCAGCAAGGUGUCGCGCGACCAGCGCGGUGUCAGCGUGCAGGCGUCGACCCUUGGAUCCCUGGAAGCUCUGCUUGAGUUCCUGCGCGUGUCCAAGAUCCCCGUGGCCAACAUCUCCAUCGGCCCCGUGUUCAAGCGCGAUGUCAUGAUGGCCGGAACCAUGCUGGAGAAGGCCAAGGAGUUUGCCGUCAUGCUGUGCUUCGACGUCAAGGUCGACAAGGAAGCCCAGGCCUACGCCGACGAGGUCGGCGUCAAGAUCUUCACCGCCGACAUCAUCUACCACCUCUUCGACGACUUCACCAAGCACAUGGCCGAGCUGACGGAGCGCAGAAAGGAAGAGAGCAAGAUGCUGGCUGUCUUCCCCUGCGUGCUCAAGACCGUCGCCGUCUUCAACAAGAAGGACCCCAUCGUCAUCGGUAUCGACGUUGCCGAGGGAAGUCUGCGCCUGCACACUCCUAUCGCUGCUAUCAAGGCCAACCCCGAGACUGGCGCCAAGGAAAUCAUCGAUCUGGGCAGAGUUGUCUCCAUCGAACGCGACCACAAGGCCAUCAACGUCUGCAAGAAGGGCCAACCGUCCGUGGCCGUCAAGAUCGAGGGCUCCAACCAGCCCAUGUACGGCCGUCAGCUCGAAGACAAGGAUACCCUGUACUCGCACAUCUCGCGUGCCAGUAUCGACACCCUGAAGGAGUUCUACCGCGCCGAUGUGUCGAUGGAGGAGUGGGGUCUCGUCAAGAAGCUCAAGCCUGUCUUUGACAUUCCGUAA